GGUGACACCACCCGAAGUCCAGGGGAAAAAAAAAAAGUAUAAAAAAAAGUAUAAAACAAGAAAAAUCGACCCGGUUUCGUCUCCCCUCCGUUUUUCCCCGCGAUGGAAGUUUUCCGAUGCUCCCUCACCCGCCCGGAAGCGUCGCGGCGGAGCCCUUUGGUGGCUUCACCCGCGCGCGGUGCCGCCCCCCUCCCCCGCCGGCGGGAAACAUGGCCGCGCGCCGCUCGUUCCUGUCCUGCGCCUGCUUCUUCACCGACAACAUCUUCGUGGGGCGCUACGGGCUGCACGUUCGGUACCGGGACGAGGAGCAGCUCCGCCGCGACCACGGGCGGGCGCUGCAGGAGCGAGGAUGCAGGAGCGAGGAGGCGUUCGCGGCCGCCGUGCGGGAGAUUGAGGCAGAAGUGGAGAGAAGAAAACAAUUAAUUCAUCAGUCAGUGGAACGCAAAGCCAUCAUCUUAAAGAGCUACAAACGAAAACACCCAGAAGUGUACCUUCUGCAGGAAUCAUUCCUGGCCCCAGAGUUUCUAGAAAUCGUGAGAUACUGCAGGUCUCCGGAUGCUCAUCUCCACGGCCUCCUGUGCUACAUCGAAUCCUUCUCAGAUAAGAGGAUCUAUCGACUCCCAGUGUUCACAGAGGAGUUCUGCCAGGCCUUUGUGGAUGAGCUGGAGAACUUUGAGCAGUCAGAUAUGCCUAAAGGCAGGCCCAACACUAUGAAUAACUAUGGGGUUUUGCUAAAUGAGCUUGGAAUGGAUGAAACUUUCAUCACACCCCUGCGUGAAAAAUACCUGCAGCCCAUAACGGCACUGCUUUAUCCUGACUUGGGAGGCACUUGUCUGGACAGCCAUAGAGCAUUUGUUGUCAAGUACUCACUACACGAAGAUCUGGAUUUGAGCUCUCACUAUGACAAUGCAGAAGUCACCUUAAACGUUUCUUUGGGAAAAGACUUCACAGAAGGCAACUUGUACUUUGGGGAUUUUAACCAGGAUCCUAGCCCUGUGCCAAAGUAUGUAGAGAUUGAACACGUGGGAGCUCAGGGGCUGUUACACCGAGGAGGGCAAAUCCACGGUGCGCUUCCCAUUGCCUCUGGGGAACGCUGGAACCUCAUUAUUUGGAUGCGAUCAUCUGCCAUCCGCAACCAGCUCUGCCCCAUGUGCAACAAGAAACCUGAGCUGGUGGAAGCAGAGGGGUUCGGUGAUGGGUUCACAGAAACCCUUGAAGAUGAUGUGCCUGAGACUGUGAACCUCUGUUCUUUGUGGUAGCAGACAGCAGGGCCCGAUGACUCCAGACCAAGUUGCCUAAAGCUCCUUUCUGACCUUUCAGGCUGCACUGAUGGAUGGAUGGAUGGAUGGAUGGAUGGAUGCACAGGUCAUAUAAGAAGUAGCUCUUGCCUUGGAAAGUGAUGCAAACCCAAUCCUGCUGGGGGGAGGGAAGCCAACUGCUUUGGCAGUUGAAUUCAGAGCUCGUACUCGGGCUCAUCGGCACUCACGCUUGUGCUGGAGAGCUGAGGGACUGCUUGGAAGAUGUAGAAAAACCUCAACACUUUGAUUUACUGCAAAGCCUCUAAAUAUUUACAGGUGUACGGAGGAAACACCCAAAGCUGCUUGGCCAUUGUGAAGACCACUGUGCCAACGGCAGCAUCGUGGGUCCUGCUGUAAACUGAAAAGAAUGGCACAAUAAAGCUUUGCACUUACUACCUCUCUGCUGUUCGUGGGGGGUCCUGUCCUCUGCCAAGGGAAAGAGCUUUUGUGUUUCUGCUUAACAGUGGAGGAGCUGCUCAAAAGCGAGAUACAGGUGAUUCACAACAAGCUGCUGGGAAUGGCUUGGAAUCCUUGUCACUGGAGUCUUACCUUAACCCAGGCUCAGAAAAAACUCAUCAGGAGCAAUACAGGGAGAGCUGAUCCUGCCAGGUGGAUCUCUGGAGGCUUUUAUGAGCAGAAAAUUCCCUUUCAGAGAUUCUGUGAACCUUAUUAACCAAGCAGAAACUGGGUUCAGCGACAAAGCUCUGGGAGCCACCUGCAACAUUGCAAAACUUGCCGGCGGAAGGCAAAGAGCGUGUAUUUAACCUCCCUCCCUCCCUUUAGUUCUGUGAGCAGGUGAAAAUCUGAAAUAUCCGUCUGAGCCUGGGGCUUCCGAGCGUGGCACCAGGGUCCCCCGACAAGCAAUCGGAGGGAUUCCGCGUGUUGCUGCCAGCUGGAAUCACAGACCCUCCCACCCACAAAACCAAUUAAAGCAGCCAAACGGGUCUUGACGUGGUGGCUGCAUUGGCUCUGCGGGAGGGUAACUGCGUGUUUGGUUGCGCACACGCUGUGUAGGGGCUGCGGUUCGUGCGCGGAGCCGCAGUGGGUACAGCACCCGCCGGGCUUGGGGCUGCGAUGCUGCCGGGAGCUUCUCCAUCAGCAAAACCAUCGCAUUUGCACCCCUGGCAAGAGCCAACGGGCUGGGAUCGUGGAAAUCAGACCUCGGCUCCUCAGCAGAAUAACG